UGCUGCACAUCAUCAUCAUCAUCAUCAUUCUCAGGAUUCGAUUCAUUUCGAUUUUUUUUUUUUUUUUUUUGAAUGCACCUAUCUCAUUUGCGUGGCAAUUUCCGAUUUUAAAUUAUUUGAAAAAAACAUACUCUCAACCUGAAUUGAAAAAAAAAACCAUCAUCAUGCCAAGAUCAUUUUUAGUGAAAAAAGCAACGACCAAUUAUGGUCAACAAUUUGUUAAAUUACAUCAUCAUCAUCAUAUUGGUGGCCGUAGUAUAAGCAACACGGGCAGUAGUGGUGGUGGUGAUGGCCAACAACAACCCCCAUCAAGUCCAACAGAAGGUGAUUGUGCACCGGCUACCGUUUCCGUUAUUGGUUUUAAUAACGCAAAUACCUAUCAUAAAUCUGUUCAUCGAUAUUCAUUAAAUUAUGGUACAAAUGUUGAUCAUUCAGCCAAUACGACAACAAAGAUAGUGGAAACAUCAAAUAAAUUAAAAGAUUCAUCAUCAUCAUCAUCGACAACAACAUCAACAUCGAAUGGUGUGAUUGUACAUGGAAAACAAUCGCAGAAUAAUCAUAAACAAUUAUUGGAUCUAAGUAAUAAACGUACAAGAAGCAGUAAUAAUAGUAUUAGUCAUAAUAGUAAUGGCUAUAGUAGUAGUAGCCUUUAUAAAUCAUCAAAUGAUUAUAAUAAUUCCGGCUAUCAUACGGCUAGCGAAGAUAAUACAACAAUAACAUCAUUGACUGAGAAUACUGAAUCAACUGGCUAUAAUUCUUCAUCCGAUGAUCAUGAUGAUGGUACGGAUCAUCAUGCAACUAAUUCUGAAUCGAAUAAUUCAAAUGAUGUAACAUUAAUCAAAACGCAUAAAAAACACGGAAAAAAGAACAUUACAAUUAGCUAUACGUAUGAUGCAUUCUUUAUUAGUGAUGGUCGAUCAAGAAAACGUAAUAUUAAUGGCAUCAAUAAUGGUAGUAAUGGUAAUAGUGCUGGUAAUAGUGUAGGAGGAGGAAAUGCUGGCCAUGGUAAUGGAAUUAUUAGUGAUAGUAGUGCUGGAAGUAUUGAUCCAAAAGAAAGGCAACGAUAUUCAUGUACUGAAUGUGGAAAACAUUAUGCAACAUCAUCGAAUCUAUCAAGACAUAAGCAAACACAUCGUAGUCCAGAUUCACAAUUGGCUAAAAAGUGCCCAACUUGUCAUAAAGUUUAUGUUAGCAUGCCAGCAUUGGCUAUGCAUGUGCUAACUCAUAAUCUUAAUCAUAAAUGUGAAGAAUGUGGAAAAGCUUUCUCACGUCCAUGGCUAUUACAAGGUCAUAUGCGUUCACACACUGGAGAAAAACCAUUUGGAUGUGCUCAUUGUGGUAAAGCAUUUGCAGAUCGCUCUAAUCUUAGAGCUCAUAUGCAAACACAUAGUGCAUUCAAACAUUUUCGUUGCGAACGAUGUAAUAAGUCUUUUGCUCUUAAAUCAUAUCUCAACAAGCAUUACGAAUCAUCAUGUUUUAAGGAUGCCAACAACAACAACAACAAUAACAACAGUAAUAAUAAUAGCAAACAACAAACGACAGAACAAUCAAUGGAAACGAAUGGUAAUAAUUGUGAAACAUUGGAGAAUCAUUGUUCUCCCACUUCAUCAUCAUCAUCAUCAUCAUCACCGUCAUCAUUUUCAACAUCGACAUCAUUUUCAAAAUUGAACAGUAAUAACAAGCAAUCAACAACAACGACAACAAAAAAAAAUUAUCCUCAUGAAUCGUAUGAACGAAAGGUGAAAAAAAAGUGA